CGCUUUCCAAUUAACCUACAGCAAAUAAUGGGAACAGAUGAGAAUAUACAGGAACAUUAGCUACCUUUAUAUUUUUUAUAUGAUGGAACAAACGAGUCUACGGUAUAGCCAUAAAAGGCAGCCCAUGUCCGUGUUAGUGGGUGCGUUUCCGGCCUAUUAAAGAAGGGUUUGCUCUUAUUUUUAAUCUUGUUAAUUCACUGUACCUAAUAUGUAAUUAAAAACGGGAGUGGACUGUAUAUACUCUGUUCAUGUUCUGUCAUUCUAUGAUAAAAAGAUCUCUAUGAUUUUUAUUACUUGGGCUGGAAUGACAUAUUUCACACCCUCAAACUGACUUUAAAUUCAUCAUGCAUAAUGUACAAUAUUAAUAAAUUAAAUAAAAAAACAAACAUGUAUAAGGAUUAUCUCUCGAGCUAAUGUAAUAAACUACGCCAUGUCAAAACCCUGUAAGAAAAUAAAAAACCCAUGCAAAAUAUGCCUGGGACCAGUAACCCGAAAGAAUGGUUUACAAUGCCAGGGCUUUUGUCAGUGUUGGGUUCACUACGCCUGCCUCAACUACACACCCGGUAAGAUUAAGGACAUCAAAGCUGGUAUCAUUCUCGUAAACUGUCCUUGUCCAGAUUGCAACAGCUCGCUCCCAAAAGAAUACCGCUCGGAUGAGCCAUACAGCUGCACAAACUUACAGUGCCCCGCUAAUAUAACACCCAAAUGCGACAACACCGGCUGUCCGAUUAAUAAACAACAAGGUCAAAAAGGAGGCAAUAUGAGAAAUACAGGGGCUGGCUCGAGUUGUCCUUUAGGCCAAUGCGGUAAAGAAUGUAAGGAAAAUAGCAAGGGAUCUAACCAACCAGGAAGAGAAAAGACUGGUAUUUCAUGCGGUCAGUCAUGCAAAGAAACUAGUGUUCCAUUGAGAGCUGGGGCGGUUUUACCACAUCAGAUACCACCCAGACCGGAGAGCCCUCCAUCCUGCCCUUCAGGAUGCUCGUUACCUCCUGGAGAUUUAGGUCAAUCGUCAGACCCAUUGCCGGCGUUGGAACAAAUGUGUAAUACAGUCGGUCAGUUGACGAAUCAAAUAAACGAUCUUAUGCAGCAAAUGAAGAAUGUUGUACAAGGUGGUGGAGGUAGCGGUGGAGGUAGCGGUGGAGGUCCUGGAAGAGAUCCUAAGUCCUGCUAUUGUCCUGGAAACCCUGGACAUAAACGAUAAAACAUGAUCUCGUUUUGAUAGUUAAGUUUAUAACUUAUCAACUGGAAAAUUAA